CCGCUUUGCGCGUGGGGCGCUGAGCCGAGAGGCGCGGAGGCGGCGAGGGGGGUUUGGGGGGGCGCUCGACGCGGCCUCUCCGCCACCCGCAGCACCAUGGGCAGCGCGGAAGACGCACUCAAAGAGAAACUGCUGUGGAACGUGAAAAAGGAGGUGAAGCAAAUCAUGGAGGAGGCUGUCACCAGGAAGUUUGUGCAUGAAGAUAGCAGCCACAUCAUUGCUCUGUGUGGUGCGGUGGAGGCUUGCCUCCUGCAUCAGCUGAGACGCCGUGCCGCCGGCUUCCUGCGCAGUGACAAGGUGGCAGCUCUGUUCACCAAGGUGGGGAAGACGUGCCCAGUGGCUGGGGAGAUUUGCCACAAGGUCCAGGAGCUGCAGCAACAAGUUGAGGGCAGGAAGCCCUUGGUGGGUAACCAGGAGGCCCUGCGGAGACAGGGCUCUACCAGUGGGAAGGCCCCAGCCCUCAGCCCGCAGGCCUUGAAACACAUAUGGGUCCGCACAGCGCUCAUCGAGAAGGUGCUGGACAGGGUCGUGCAGUACCUGGUGGAGAACUGCAGCAAGUACUACGAGAAGGAGGCUUUACUGGCAGAUCCCGUGUUUGGCCCUAUCUUGGCCUCUCUUCUAGUGGGACCCUGUGCUUUGGAGUACACCAAGCUCAAGACAGCCGAUCACUACUGGACCGACCCUUCUGCUGAUGAGCUGGUCCAGCGGCACCGUAUCCGGGGUCCCCCUAAUCGCCAGGACUCCCCUGCAAAGCGCCCAGCCCUAGGAAUCCGGAAGCGGCACUCGAGCGGCAGCACGUCGGACAGACUCGCUGCCUGCGCCCGAGAGUAUGUGGAAUCCCUGCACCAGAACUCCAGGACGCGGCUGCUCUAUGGCAAGAACAUCAUCCUCUUCUCGCAGAAGGAGGACAUGGAGGCCGUCCCCGGCUACCUCUCCCUGCACCAGUCUGCAGAGAGCCUAACUCUGAAGUGGACCCCCAACCAGCUCAUGAAUGGGACUCUGGGGGACUCCGAGCUGGAAAAGAGCGUUUACUGGGACUAUGCCCUGGUGGUGCCCUUCAGUCAGAUCGUCUGCAUCCACUGCCACCAGCAAAAAAACGGUGGCACACUGGUACUGGUGAGCCAGGAUGGCAUCCAGAAGCCACCGCUGCACUUCCCGCAGGGAGGACACCUACUCUCCUUCCUGUCCUGCCUGGAGAAUGGGCUUCUGCCUCGGGGACAGCUAGAGCCCCCGCUCUGGACCCAGCAGGGGAAGGGGAAGGUGUUCCCCAAGCUGCGGAAACGUGGCACCGCGCGGUCCGUAGAUGUGGACGAGAUGGGCACAGGCUGGGCCACAGACUACGUGUUCCGGAUCAUUUACCCUGGUCACAGGCAUGAGCACAUCACUAUUAACUACCACCACCUAGCGGCCAGCCGCGCGGCCUCGGUGGACGAUGAUGAGGAAGAGGAGGAUAAACUACACGCGAUGCUCUCAAUGAUCUGCUCGCGGAACCUCACAGCUCCCAAUCCGAUGAAAGAUGCCGGUGACAUGAUCGAGAUGCAGGGCUUUGGGCCCAGCCUGCCAGCCUGGCACCUAGAUCCCAUGUGUAGCCAGGGCUCCUCCUGCUUCUCCUGCUCCUCCAGUAGCUCCCCGUAUGCAACUCCCAACCACUGCAGCUGUGUCCCCGACCGGUUGCCCCUCAGGCUACUGUGUGAGAGCAUGAAGAGGCAGAUCGCCUCCCGGGCCUUCUACGGCUGGCUGGCAUACUGCCGCCACCUGUCCACGGUGCGGACCCACCUGUCAGCGCUGGUGCAUCACAACAUCAUCCCGCCCGCCCGCCCCCCAGGGGCCUCAGGGGGCCUCACCAAGGACGUGUGGAGCAAGUAUCAGAAGGAUGAAAAGAACUACAAGGAGCUGGAGCUGCUGCGGCAGGUUUACUACGGAGGCGUGGAGCACGAGGUCCGCAAGGACGUCUGGCCCUUCCUGCUUGGCCACUACACGUUUGGCAUGAGCAAGAAGGAGAUGGAGCAGGUAAGGGGAGCUCUUUCCCCGGGGCAGGGGGACGGGGAGUCGGGCCAAGGGACCCAUCCAAGCUCAGUGGAAAGAAACGUAAUGACACCACUCACUGCCAUCGCUCACACUGCCACCGCUCACACUGCCACCGCUCACACUGCCACCGCUCACACUGCCAUCGCUCACACUGCCAUCAAGAAGAAGCUGAGGAAGGGACUGGAUAGGGCUGAAGUCUUCAUGUUGGCCUGGAACCUCAUUUCUCCACCCGGACAGCUGGCCGAGGGAAGGGGCUGGGGUGCAGGUAUGAGCCCCACCAUCUGUUCUCCCCACCAGGUGUUUAUCUCUGUGGAUGACCUGGAGCCCCCGAAGCCCCCCGGCACGGAGGAGUGCAGACCAGAGCCCGAGGAGGAACCCGGAGCAGGGCCCCCGGGCACCGCCGUGGUGGAGCAGCAGCAGUCAGUGGAGUUUGAUUCUCCAGACUCAGGACUGCCUUCCUCUCGCAAUUAUUCCGUGGCCUCAGGCAUCCAGUCGAGCAUAGACGAGGGGCCGAGUGUGGGCUUCGAGGAGGACUGCGGUGGGGAGGAAGGCUCCGACGGGCCGGAACCUGCGGUCCACGCUUUCUCCGAGCCCCAGGAUCCCAGCCAGGAGAAGGCCUCUCCGGCCGGCGAGCUGGAGGCCGGGGAGGAGCUGGCGGCUGUGUGCGCUGCUGCCUACACUAUAGAACUAUUGGACACCGUGGCCUUAAACCUGCACCGCAUAGACAAGGAUGUGCAGCGAUGUGACCGCAACUACUGGUACUUCUCACCCCCCAACCUCGAGAGGCUCAGAGACAUCAUGUGCAGCUACGUGUGGGAACACCUGGACGUGGGCUAUGUGCAGGGCAUGUGUGAUCUGCUGGCGCCGCUCCUCGUCAUCCUUGAUAAUGAUCAGCUGACCUACAGCUGUUUCAGCCACCUCAUGAAGAGGAUGAGCCAGAACUUCCCCAAUGGGGGCGCCAUGGACACCCACUUUGCUAACAUGCGCUCCCUCAUCCAGAUCCUGGACUCAGAGCUGUUUGAACUGAUGCAUCAGAAUGGAGACUACACCCAUUUCUACUUCUGUUACCGCUGGUUCCUGCUGGAUUUUAAGAGAGAGCUGCUAUAUGAGGACGUGUUUGCGGUGUGGGAGGUGAUCUGGGCGGCCCAGCACAUCUCAUCAGAGCACUUUGUCCUAUUCAUUGCCCUGGCCCUGGUGGAGGCCUACCGUGAGAUUAUCCGUGACAACAACAUGGACUUCACCGACAUCAUCAAGUUCUUCAAUGAACGAGCUGAGCAUCACGAUGCCCAGGAGAUCCUGCGGAUUGCCCGGGACCUCGUCCACAAGGUGCAGAUGCUCAUAGAGAACAAGUGAGGGCCCGGAGGCAGCAGCCAGCCAGAGCCUAGGCUCCUGGCCCUGGGCUCCGUGGGGAGAGGUGCAGGGGCGCACAGUAGAGACUGCCCCACCUCUCAGCCAACCCUGCCUGCCCAGCUGUGUUCCUAACAAAGUGUGAGCCUGGGAUCCGACUCCGGGCAGUUCUGGCCCUGAAGGGCAAGUCAGGGGCCAGGGUACCCUCAGGUCAGGCCCAGGAGGGGAAGGGGCAGCCUCAGGGAGCAGCUGACCUGGGGAACACCUACUCUGCUUCCUUCUCAAACACCUGGAAAUAGCCCCACUGCCCCUGCAGCCUCAGCCUGAGUGCCCCAUGCCCUCUCCUGGGUCAGCCUGGGGCCCUGUCGAGUCACCAGGCCUAUAGUUGCCUGGGCCCCACUGGUGAGGGUCAUGUGAGGCAAGGGGACUCUGUUGUAUUUCUUCUGAGAGUCCCUUUGUAGGCCCAGUGCAUGUGUGUGCACCAAUCCCAGUCGGGGCAGCCAGGAUGGCUGCGAGUUUGGGCGUGUUUCCUGGGCCACCUUCCAGGCCCUCCUCUGAGACGGGCAGAGCAGCCCACCUCAGCAGCACUGCCACUGCCUUUGGCCACCUGAGGUGACCCCAUGCCCUCCCCUAGCCCGUACAGUGCACCCACGUGUAUCUGUACAGUCUCACUCCUGCCACCUCGCUCUUGCUUUAUGCAUUAGAUGCAUCCCUGAAAACUGUAUACACGACACUUUGCCAGCCGGAGGAUCUGGAAUGUGGUUGGAGCACUUUCUCUCAAGAGGAAUCCCAGGUGAUUCCUUAGGGAGGGGAUCCUAUCACAGCCUCCUCUCAAAGGUGGCCCCAAAACUUGGGGGCAGCCCAUCGUCUAUCCCAGGCAUCCGCUGAGUCCUAAGGCUGGAAGGAGGAGGUGCCUGGGUCUCUCUUGUUUGUUGCUGGUGAAAAGCAAGGUUAGCUCUGCCUUCCACAUGCUUCUCAGGAUGUCCAGAGGCCUAAGGACCCAGAAACCCCCAUGGGAGAGCCUCACUCGUGAGGGGAGGUGUCAUGCUGCUUGUUCUGCCAUCCCCACCCCCAGCCCCCCACACAUGCAGGCUGGGCCUUGCCCCAGGGCCAGGAGGCUACUCUGCCACAGGGCCUGGGGCCUGCCCAGCAACCACUAAGGGCUGGAGACUUCCUGCAUUUGAGAAACAGAAAAGGACCCAGCAGCUUUUCUGCAUCCAGCACAGCCCCCGCCCCUCCCAGCCCACCCCUGUCCCAGGCACUGCACGGCCUGUUUGGGGGCCAGCCCGCCCCAUUGCCCACUCUGUCUGUGAGUCCUCAGCCCCCACCAAGCACGGUGGCCAUUGUGUGCCUGCUUAGUGACUCAGUGGUUUGUGAGGAGCAGAGUGUGUAUGAUUUUUGGCUCAGAAACUAUACUCUUCAGUGUAACAAACCAAUAAACACAGCAUUGGCAAUG